AUGACAAGACCGCUAACUGUUCACAGCGGCGCCGAUGCCAACGUGCCUCGCAAAAACGGGCUAACCGACAAGCGCAAAACCACCGUUUAUCAGAUCAACCCAUGCAACACGGCGGCCAAACUGUACGAAGCUGUCGUGAAGGACCUUCGAAAUCUUGAUUUCUCACUUGAAUUUGAAGAUUCGAGGAUACUCUUGAGACUCAUCGGGUAUCUUAUUGAGGUUAUCAGGAAGAAGCUGGAGGACAAACAUCUCAGAAUGAACGCUGGGCUCAACUUGAUUCACUCGGUACUUAACACUUGUGGUGCCAUACAGACAGCUAUCAAGGACUUUCCAAAAGAUUCAUAUCUUGAGCAUAAGGAGAUUUCAUCUCGCGGGGUCAUAGAGCUGUUGGUCCGCGUUGUUGUGCAGAAGUUUGGCAUUGCACAGCAUAACAAGAUCGACAGCGAGGCUUUCUUCCUCGGUAAGAUACUGAAGAUUCCAACAUCUACUGCACUCAAAUGA